AUGAAAGACGAUUUAGUCACUGCAAAUGAGUACAAGGACAAAUUCAAGGCCAACUUUGCCAAACUUGAUGAAUUACUGAAGAGUCAGAGAGAUGUUAAUGAUAAAAGAUGUCUUGCUAUGAAGAAGGAGAAAGCUCUGGUACUGGACAACAAGAUAAAUCAUCCGGUUAGAAGCAUAAUCAUGCCAACAAUCAGUACCAAAAAUCACUGUUCCUCUAUAGAAAAUUUACUCUUUAAGAAACCCAAAUCCAUGGGGUCAAUAAUAUUAGGGAUAUCUUGGAUUAGCCUAUCAAAAGAUUCAAAAACAAAAGGCCAUUUGUCUAUGGAGCGGCUUUCCGAUAGUUUGCUUAUCAGUUUCGUAGUCCUGUUUAGCAUGACCCUGCAGCUUGUGUUGGUAUUUGGGGGAUCAUUCAGACAUCGCUUUUCAUCGAUAGUUUUGCAGUUAGUUCUGUGGUUGGCUUAUAUGUCUUCGGAUGCUGUGGCUAUCUAUGCCCUUGGGACAAUGGCACGAGAGUCUUCUCAUACUAGGAUAUUUGGGGUUUGGGCUCCACUUUUGCUGUUGCACUUGGGAGGUCCAGAUACAAUCACUGCAUAUUCCACGGUUGACAACGAGUUGUGGACAAGGCACUUGUUGAUUAUGCUGUACCAGGUAUUAGUGGCAAUCUAUGUAAUGUAUGCAUCCGAUAUGAAAAGCUAUUUACUAGCUGCUUCCAUCCUCCUAUUAUUGGUAGGAGGCUUUAAGUACGCAGAAAAAACAGCUACCUUGAGAUUAGCCAGCAAUUCCCAAAUAGUAAAGUACUGUCAACCAGUGUACAAAUAUAUGAGCAUAGAGGACUACUCGAGAAGAUGCAGCUAUGCGGUAAUGGGUCUCGUGAAGUGGGAAAGAACAUGGACUACAAGGGAGAUAAAAUUUCCCACAAUUAUUCAAGAUAUUUGGAGAGAUCAGAGUCAACAAGGAAUGGAAAACUAUAUCCUCUGCUUGUCUCACGCUUUGUUCAAAAUGAAUAUGCGAAGGUACACAGAUCUGUAUAUUCAUGAAAUACAGUGGGAAGAGACUAGAGAAUUCUUUUUUCGUGACCGUUUAUCUCAUUUAUCUGAAGACAAUAUAUUUACAGUAAUAGAAAUAGAAUUAAAGUUCAUGUAUGAUGCAUUGUUCUCCAAGUCAAUGUUCAUAGCCUUCAGCAAAAUCGGGGCUACAAUGCGCAUAAUCAACAUCUGUCUGCUGGUAGCUGGCGGUUUGUGUACUUACAGAGGAUUGAUUCCCGGACAUGAGAAAGUGGAAGUGGUGGCCUAUAUUGUUAUUUCUGUAGCAGUGAUAGUGGAGCUGCUUCAAUUAUUGAGAAUUAUAGCUUCUGACUGGACCUUGGUGUGGUUAAUUUGCUCAAGUGCCGAGCAGUCCCAGGAGGACUGGUUGACCAAAUUGAAGCACAACUCUCUCCGCAUUGCUCUUUGGCUGCUCCACAAGCUUCGGAGUUGGCGUAAACGCAAGUAUUGGAAGGAGUCGAUCCAGCAAUACUCUCUGAUAGACACCUGCAAAUCCCUUUCUCCUUUCAAAUGGAAGUGGGCUAAAAGACUGAUCCUGACAGACAUUGUCACGUCCUGGUAUAUUGAAUCAAAGCCUGUUGAAGAGGAAUUCAAACAAUUCAUCAUUGGUAAAUUAAAUGGUUUAGCUUCUGAUCAAAAUACUACGGAACAAUGCAGACAGACGAUUACAUCCUACAAUACGAAGUGUGGGACAGAUCUGGAGUGGGCUUCCGGAACAGAUCAAGAACAUUUAAUUCUACACUGGCAUAUAGCUACCACAAUUUGCCUGAUGGAGCGCAGGAGAGAUCAGGAUAAUGAAGAAAUAAACAAGUUUGCUCGUCUCAGCGAGACGCUCUCAAAUUAUUGUGCUCAUUUGCUUGUUUCGAAGCGAGACUUAUUGCCUCUCCACUCCGACAUUGCAAGAAUGGAGUACAUAGAUGUCCACUCUGAGCUUCUUGACUUUCUCUCCAGGUCUGAUAUUCAACGAUUGAGGCAUUACAAGGAGAAGUAUGAUAAUCAGCAUUACGAGGGAGCAUCUACCUUAUCAAAUGGGGCAAAAUUAGCGAGGAUGCUGCUAAGAAUGGAAACUGCACAUAGAUGGAGGAUGUUAUCAGAGUAUUGGGCUGCAGUACUAAUUUAUUAUGCUAAUUUUAAGAAACCUCUAGUUCAUGCAGAGUACUUAACUGUUGGAGGGGAGUUUAUCACACAGUUAUGGGCGUUGCUUGGCCACAUGGGAUUUGGAACACAAAAGGACUGA